CAAUACAGCAAACCCGGGGAACCACACCCCCCCCCCCUCUUUCGGCACAAGAGAAAAAGAUGCAACCAACACCAGGGACAGCCGAGGACGAGGACCAGAAGCACCCUCUGAUCUACCUCCAUGCCGAACUCCUCCCGCAUAUCCGUCACAUCACCCUCUACGUCUCUGUUCCUGCUGCGAAGGAAACAAAGGGAGGAGAUGUGCAAAUCGCACUCUCCGAGUCCCGGCGCGCGGUGUCGGUGUCAGUCCCACCGGCGGCCUCGCCACAACUGCCGGAGAACCGUGGCGACGAUGCUUCUCCCGAAACAAGAGCAGCGAUGGACGCGGAACCCGAAACGGAAACGAUGAAACUCCCCGCGCGCGUCACGGAGGCCGCCAGAUAUGUGCUUCGCGCCCCGCAGUGGCAGCGUACUUCCUUUGAGGGGAGGAGGCGGGAGGCGUCGUUUCGGAUGCAGGUUGUUGGGGAGGGUACCGGUCAUCAUCAGACAAAUGGGACUGGAUUGUUGGCGGGGAGGGGCGGGGAUGAGGAGCUGGGGGGCGGGUCUGUGCCGUGGAGGGCGCCGGAUAUGCGGCCAGGGACGCGGGUCAGGUGUCGUCGGUGUGAGAGCGUGGUGCUGGAUCAACCUGUGCGAUCGGCGGAGGGGUGGGUGUGGAAGGACCUGCCCAGUGGGAAUUGGGCGGAGAUGAUGGACUUUUGGCAUUGUCAUAAGCCGGAUCCUGAGGGUGGUCGUGAGCAUGGAGAUGAUCCGAAUGCAACGGUUAAAGGGUAUGGGGCUGCGAAUCAGGUCGUGGCUACCGUGGGCACGAUCCUGGUGGAUGUCGCGGCUUUUCUGGUGGCGGUGGAGGAUUGUUUGGGGGUUAUGAAGGUAAGGGCCUCUGACCCGGACUCCGAUGAUAUCCGCUGCUGCAAUUGUAAUACAUUACUCGGCCAGGUCGACCCUACAGCCCAAGGCUGGAGACUCUUCAAGACCGCUCUCUCCGCAACAAAGACGAAUACUGAUACUGGCACCGAGCAAAUGGAGUGGGAAUCCCACCCCAUCGAGGUCAUCAUCGCCGCCCAACUCUUGGAGUUGGUCGAACGAGAAAGCGCUCGUCGCUUCGUCGUGCACUGCGGACAUAGCAGUGGAUUGUUGAUCUGGGUCUUCAACCCCGACAUGCGGUAUUCCAACUCGAGCGCCCACCACAGCAUCGCCGCCCAACGAGCGAUGAAGGUCUUCUUCCAGCCUCUCCACAAUGUGGAGCAGACGCUGCACCCGGAGGUCGGGAAGCCGUCGACCACGCUGGCGUUGGAGGAGGUGCGGUUGCCGGAGGAGACGUAUCGGGCUUUCGAGGAGGUGCUGCACCGGAGGAAUGCGAUGCUGCCUGUGUCGGCGAGGGUGUUUAGGGAGUGGAGGGUGGGGAUUUUGCAUCGGUUGCAGUGA